GGCCAAAUAUAUUCGCUAAGUUUGUGACCGUUGUUAGCCCCUUAACUUAGCGCGGGUUAACACACGCUUAGAACCCUGCCCGCCCCCGCACCGCAUGACUCCGCCCCGUGCCCUAAUGCCCCGCCGCCCCGCGCAAUCUCUCGACCAGCGGAGUGUUGGCUGCCUGUGGAGUCAGCCGGAGGUCGUCAAGCUGACACCACUGCCACAACUGCCCCGACUUUUGCAUAAACUAUUAUUUUAAAAAGUUUUCAUUUCAAAGUUUAUAAGACAAAAAUCCGCAAUGGACACAGAAGAAUUCAGGGUACGAGGAAAAGAAAUGGUGGACUACAUUUGUACUUACAUGACGACAAUCCGGUCGCGGCGUGUGACUCCGUCUGUAGAGCCAGGAUACCUUCGUGCCGCGCUGCCAUCUUCGGCGCCGGAAUACCCUGAGAGCUGGGACGACGUGAUGUGCGACGUGGAGAACAAGAUCAUGCCCGGCCUGACGCAUUGGCAGCAUCCUCGCUUCCACGCCUACUUUCCCUCGGGCAACGGCUACCCCUCCAUCCUCGGUGACAUGCUGUCUGCCGGUAUAGCCUGCAUCGGCUUCUCUUGGGCCGCGGCUCCUGCAAAUACGGAGUUAGAAAUCAUUAUGCUAGACUGGAUGGGAAAAGCGAUUGGAUUACCUCCAGCUUUCCUAGCUCUAGAAGAAGGUAGCAAGGGAGGCGGUGUUAUUGAAGGUUCAGCAAGCGAAUGCGUGCUUGUGUGCAUGCUCGCUGCGAGAGCUAAUGGCAUUAAACGCCUGAAGCACCAGUUCCCAACUGUGGACGAAGGUCUCUUGCUGUCAAAGUUGAUUGCAUACUGCUCGAAAGAGGCGCACUCUUGCGUUGAGAAAGCGGCCAUGAUAAGCUUCGUUAAGAUGCGCAUUUUGGAGCCUGAUGAACACGGAGCGCUUAGGGGUGAAACUUUGAAACAAGCAAUGGAAGAAGAUGAGGAAGCUGGCCUAGUUCCAUUCUUUGUAGCCACCACUUUAGGAACGACUUCGUCCUGUUCCUUCGACGUUCUGACUGAGAUAGGUCCCGUAGUGAGAAAAUUCCCGUCCGUGUGGCUGCACGUGGACGCCGCUUACGCUGGUAGCGCGUUCCUUUGUCCCGAGCACAAGUACCAUCUGGCAGGCGUAGAGUACGCUGACUCCUUUAACACAAACCCCAAUAAACUGAUGCUAACGAACUUUGAUUGCUCCCUUCUGUGGGUCACCAAUAGAUAUCUCCUCACUUCGGCACUGGUCGUCGAUCCUCUGUACCUCCAGCACUGUUACGACCACACCGCUAUUGACUACCGGCACUGGGGCGUGCCGCUGAGCCGACGCUUCCGUUCCCUCAAGCUUUGGUUCAUGCUGAGGAGCUACGGCAUCACUGGCUUGCAGAAGUAUGUGCGCCGCCACUGCGAACUGGCCAAGUAUUUUGAACAGCUUGUGAAGAAAGACGAAAGGUUCCAAGUCUGCAACCAAGUGAAGCUGGGGCUUGUCUGCUUCCGCCUGGUGGGCGGUCCGGACGAGACGGGCGAGCAGGUAGACGAGCUGAACAAGAAGCUGUUGACUAACAUCAAUGCUUCGGGCAAGAUCCACAUGGUGCCCGCUUCAGUGCGCGACCGAUUCGUCAUCCGCUUCUGUGUCGUCUAUCAGCAUGCCACUCGGGAAGACAUCGAAAUUGCUUGGGAUAUCAUAACAGAAUUCGCUACAGAGCUACUCGAGGGACCCGACAAGGAAAGAGACUUAAACGAAGAAAGAGCGCGACGCCACCGCGCAGCACUGGCACAUAAGCGUUCGUUCUUUGUGCGCAUGGUGAGCGAUCCCAAGAUCUAUAACCCGGCGAUCAACAAGACACCACCGCCAGUGCCCACCACGCCCGGCUCACCGCCCGCCGCCGCUGCAGCUGCCCCUAUCACCCCUGAUACACCCUCUGACGCCGGCGUUGUACUGCCUACAACACCCAAACAAUCUUCUUGGAUCAGCUGGCCUCUAGCGUUCUUCUUCCAAAGUGUCGAUAACGACAACAACGAUUUGCCAUUAAGGUUUCGACAUUUAGAUACAAUGGUGCGCCUGAAGAGCCCCGGACAGCCUGGCCGGCGGGGCUCCUCGCCCAGCCCCUCCCCCGAGCGCCGCGCACCCUCCCCCUCCGCACAUUGAUAACUGCAACGCCCGCCACAAUAACUAUUUAUCUAUUCUAUAAUAAUAAAUAAUUU